UCCUCCAAGUGCCGUUUCGGUUUAACCUAGUGUGUGACUGUGAGUCUGUGUGAGGGAGCGAGUGAGUGUGUGAGGUAUUGAGGUGAGGCGGAAGCUAGAAACGGGGCUCCCUCAAGAGCGAGGGACAAAGGGGGUGUGAGGCGCCUAGGCCGCGGGACCCCAGCGACAGGAAGCCGCCCCGAGCCGGGCUACCGGGUAGGGGAAGGGCCCGCGCAGUCCUCACAGGGCCCCAGAGCCCGAGUCGGCCCCACAGCCCCGGGCCGCCGGCUUCCUACUUCCUCGACCUCCUUCCUGGGCGCCUAGGCCUGAGGAUUGGCUCGGCUGGAGUUGGAGGGGAAACAGACUCGAGCGGCAGUCCGUUGUCUCACAACUCCACUGCUGAGGAACUCUCAUUUCUUCUCUGGCUCCUUCACCCCCUACCUCAUGUAGGAGGGUGCUGAGGAGUCGGGAGGGAGGAGGAGCCUGGGCUACCGUCCCUUCCCUCCCCACCCCCUUGUAGGGGUGAUUUGGUAGGCGUGGGGCUGGGGUUGGGGGGGAGGGUGGGGGGUUACUUUUUGGAGUGCUGGGGAACUUUUUCCCCUUUUUGAGGCCUGGGGAAAGGGAAUGCCCAAUCCAGAGAGACAUGGGGGCAAGAAGGACGGGAGCGGAGGAGCUUCUGGAACUUUGCAGCCGUCAUCGGGAGGUGGCAGCUCCAACAGCAGAGAGCGUCACCGCUUGGUGUCGAAGCACAAGCGGCAUAAGUCCAAACACUCCAAAGACAUGGGGUUGGUGACCCCCGAAGCAGCACCUUUGGGUACAAUUAUCAAACCUUUGGUGGAGUAUGAUGACAUUAGCUCUGAUUCUGAUACCUUCUCUGACGACAUGGCCUUCAAACUGGACAGGAGGGAGAAUGAUGAACGUCGCGGGACUGAUCGGAGUGACCGACUGCACAAACACCGUCACCAUCAGCACAGACGUUCCCGGGACUUACUAAAAACUAAACAGACAGAGAAAGAAAAAAACCUGGAAACCUUUAGCAAGUCGGGAUCGAUGAAGGACCGGGUAUCAGGAACUUCGAAGCGUUCAAAUGAGGAGAAUGAUGACCAUGGGAAGGCGCAGAUCUCCAAAAGCAGCAGCAACAAGGAAUCCAGGUCAUCCAAACUCCAUAAGGAGAAGACCCGGAAAGAACGUGAGUUGAAGUCUGGGCACAAAGACCGGAGUAAAAGUCAUCGGAAAAGGGAAACACCCAAAAGUUACAAAACAGUGGACAGCCCCAAACGGAGGUCCAGGAGUCCCCACCGGAAAUGGUUGGAUAGCCCCAAGCAAGAUGAUAGCCCGUCAGGAGCUUCUUAUGGCCAAGAUUAUGACCUUAGUCCCCCAAGAUCUCACACUUCUAGCAAUUAUGACUCCUACAAGAAGAGUCCGGGAAGUACCUCAAGAAGGCAGUCCGUCAGCCCACCUUACAAGGAGCCUUCGGCCUACCAAUCCAGCACCCGGUCACCCAGUCCCUACAGUAGAAGACAGAGGUCCGUGAGUCCCUAUAGCCGGCGACGUUCAUCCAGCUAUGAAAGGAGUGGCUCUUACAGUGGGAGAUCACCAAGCCCUUACGGUCGAAGGCGGUCCAGCAGCCCAUUCCUGAGCAAGCGGUCUCUGAGCCGGAGUCCUCUCCCCAGUAGAAAAUCCAUGAAGUCUAGAAGUAGAAGUCCUGUGUAUUCAAGACACUCAUCUUCCCAUAGUAAAAAGAAGAGAUCCGGGUCACGCAGUCGACAUUCCAGUAUCUCACCUGUCAGGCUUCCGUUGAACUCCAGCUUGGGAGCUGAACUCAGUAGGAAAAAGAAGGAAAGAGCAGCAGCUGCUGCUGCAGCAAAAAUGGAUGGAAAGGAAUCCAAGGGUUCACCUAUAUUUUUGCCUAGAAAAGAGAACAGUUCAGUAGAAGCUAAGGAUUCAGGCUUGGAGUCUAAAAAGUUACCCAGGGGUGUAAAAUUGGAAAAAUCUGCCCCAGAUACUGAACUGGUGAAUGUAACACAUCUAAACACAGAGGUCAAAAAUUCUUUAGACACAGGGAAAGUAAAGUCGGAUGAGAACUCUGAGAAGCAUCCUGUCCUGAAAGAUUUGAAAGUACAGGCAACGAAAGACUCUAAACCUGUAGCACUGAAAGAGGAGAUUGUUACUCCAAAAGAGACAGAGACAUCUGAAAAGGAGAUCCUUCCACCUCUCCCCACAGUUACUUCUCCACCUCCUUUACCAACUACUACCCCUCCACCUCAGACACCCCCCUUGCCACCUUUGCCUCCACUACCAGCUAUUCCACAGCAACCACCUCUGCCUCCUCCCCAACCAGCAUUUAGUCAGGUUCUUGCUUCUAGUACUUCAACUUUGCCCCCUUCUACUCACCCACGGACAUCUACUCUGUCCUCUCAGGCAAAUUCUCAGCCCCCUGUACAGGUUUCUGUGAAGACUCAAGUAUCUGUAACAGCUGCUAUUCCACAUCUAAAAACUUCAACGUUGCCUCCUCUGCCUCUCCCACCCUUAUUACCUGGAGAUGAUGACAUGGAUAGUCCAAAAGAAACCCUACCUUCAAAACCUGUAAAGAAAGAGAAGGAACAAAGGCCACGUCACCUACUCACAGACCUCCCUCUCCCUCCAGAGCUCCCUGGUGGGGAUCCAUCUCCCCCAGACUCUCCAGAACCAAAGGCAAUCACACCACCUCAGCAACCAUACAAAAAGAGACCAAAAAUUUGUUGUCCUCGUUACGGAGAAAGAAGACAAACAGAAAGUGACUGGGGGAAACGCUGUGUGGACAAGUUUGACAUUAUUGGGAUUAUUGGAGAGGGAACCUAUGGCCAAGUAUAUAAAGCCAAGGACAAAGAUACAGGAGAGCUAGUAGCUCUGAAGAAGGUGAGACUGGACAAUGAAAAAGAGGGCUUCCCAAUCACAGCCAUUCGCGAGAUCAAAAUCCUUCGCCAGCUAAUCCACCGAAGUGUUGUUAACAUGAAGGAAAUUGUCACAGAUAAGCAAGAUGCACUGGACUUCAAGAAGGACAAAGGAGCCUUUUACCUUGUGUUUGAGUAUAUGGACCAUGACUUAAUGGGACUGUUGGAAUCUGGUUUGGUGCACUUUUCUGAGGACCAUAUCAAGUCAUUCAUGAAACAGCUGAUGGAAGGAUUGGAUUACUGUCACAAAAAGAAUUUCCUGCAUCGGGAUAUUAAGUGUUCUAACAUUUUGCUGAACAACAGUGGGCAGAUCAAACUAGCAGAUUUUGGACUUGCUCGGCUCUAUAAUUCUGAAGAGAGUCGUCCUUAUACAAACAAAGUCAUUACUCUGUGGUACCGACCUCCAGAACUUCUGCUGGGAGAAGAGCGUUAUACACCAGCAAUAGAUGUUUGGAGCUGUGGAUGUAUCCUUGGGGAACUGUUCACAAAGAAGCCUAUUUUUCAAGCCAAUCUGGAACUGGCUCAGCUAGAACUGAUCAGUCGACUCUGUGGUAGCCCUUGUCCAGCUGUGUGGCCUGAUGUUAUCAAGCUGCCCUACUUCAAUACAAUGAAACCGAAGAAGCAGUAUAGAAGGCGCCUACGAGAAGAAUUCUCUUUCAUUCCUUCAGCAGCACUUGAUUUACUGGACCACAUGUUGACACUAGAUCCUAGCAAACGUUGUACAGCUGAACAGACCCUACAGAGUGACUUCCUUAAAGAUGUCGAGCUCAGCAAAAUGGAUCCUCCAGACCUACCCCACUGGCAGGAUUGCCAUGAAUUAUGGAGUAAGAAAAGGCGACGGCAGCGGCAAAGUGGUCUAUUGGUCGAAGAGCCACCUCCACCUAAAGCCUCUCGAAAAGAAACUAUCUCAGGGACAAGUGCUGAGCCUGUGAAGAACAGCAGCCCAGCACCACCUCAGCCUGCUCCUGGCAAGAUGGAGCCUGGGGCUGGGGAUGCAAUAGGCCUUGGUGACAUCACACAGCAGUUGAAUCAAAGCGAAUUGGCAGUGUUAUUAAACCUGCUGCAGAGCCAAACCGACCUGAGCAUUCCUCAAAUGGCACAGCUGCUUAACAUCCACUCCAACCCAGAGAUACAACAGCAGCUGGAGGCCCUGAACCAGUCUAUCAGUGCCCUAACGGAAGCUGCUUCCCAGCAGCAGGACUCAGAGUCCAUAGUCCCAGAGGAGUCUUUAAAGGAGGCACCCCCUGCCCCAGUGGUCCAGCCUUCAGCAGAACAGACAACCCCUGAAGCUUCAAGCACACCAGCUGACAUGCAGAAUAUGUUGGCAGUUCUCUUGGGUCAACUGAUGAAAACCCAGGAGCCAGCAGGCAACCUGGAGGAAAACAACAGUGACAACAAGAACAGUGGGCCACAGGGGCCCCGAAGAACUCCCACAAUGCCACAGGAGGAGGCAGCAGCAUGUCCUCCUCACAUUCUUCCACCAGAGAAGAGGCCCCCUGAGCCCCCCGGACCUCCACCGCCGCCACCUCCACCCCCUCUGGUUGAAGGCGAUCUUUCCAGCGCCCCCCAGGAGUUGAACCCAGCCGUGACAGCCGCCUUGCUGCAACUUUUAUCCCAGCCUGAAGCAGAGCCUCCUGGCCACCUGCCACAUGAGCACCAGGCCUUGAGACCAAUGGAUUACUCCACCCGACCCCAUCCCACCAGGACUUACGGAAACACUGAUGGGCCUGAAACAGGGUUCAGUGCCACUGACACUGAUGAACGCAACUCUGGUCCAGCCUUGACAGAAUCCUUGGCCCAGACCCUGGUGAAGAACAGGACCUUCUCCGGCUCUGUGAGCCACCUUGGGGAGUCCAGCAGUUACCAGGGCACAGGGUGGCAACAGCAACAGGAGGGAUGGCCCUGAGGAAUUUGGUAAUGUCCAUCAGUCACCUGACAUCUGGAGCCCUGGCAAAUUCAGUCUCUUUCACAGACUUUAAAGCCAGGUUUGAAGGGAGAUUUCCCCUGUCCAAACACUGUGCAAGACACUAGACGUGGUGGUCUACCAGCCCACUUACGUCCAUCCUCAAUGCCCAGAAGUGGGCAAGUCACCAACCUACAGUGCCCACUCCUGCCCUUUUUUCUGCCAGAUGUGAAAAUGGAGACUCAGAGAAGGGAAGUCAGUUGAAUCCUGUCUUGGAGUUGCUUUGUGUGUCUGGAUUUGGACAGUUCCUGGGAACACAGGGGCAGUGUGUCCCAUUGGUUGGGGAGAGAUCUGGAUGUCUGAACCUCCCACCUUGACACCUCGAAGGCUAUCGUGCAGAUCCCCUCUCUAGCUCCGCAAGCCAUGGAGAAGGUGAAGGAAGGCAGUUCAGAGGUGGCAGUGCCAUGAUGUCCAUCAGCACCAGGGAGAGAAGCCACGGAGAAGAAACAGUGACCAGAGAGGGGGCCAGGAGGAGAAGCGUGCUUCUGAAACAGCCUUCAGACCCUGUCCCCUCCCGCGCCCGCUCUCACACGCCGACAAGGCUGUGCACCCAAGUUGUGCCAGCUCUCCUGGCUGGUGAUCCUGCUUUGCCGUACAGGCAGCUGGCCCCCUGCUCCAGCACAGAGCACAUGCUGGGGUCUCUCACGCUUCUUUCCUCACUCAUCUCAGUGUGUCUGUGGUACAGAUUCCAAGGGAUGAAGGAGGGGGCUGUGGCCCUGCGAGUAGGAAGAUGGUGGGCUCGGGGCCCUUUGGGUGAGUAUCUGCCUGGCUAGAGCGGCUGUUGGGGGGAAGAAGGCUGCUGGCAGCUCAGCGGAAUCCAAGGUUCUGGUGACUCAUAGCCAUGGGGGUGGCUCAUGAAAACAGCAGAGGGGAAGGGGGCCCAGGCCUGUUGGAGCUCUCUUUUGCCCCAGAUCUCCCCUACUCUGAGCUCUGUAUUGUGGGGCAAGAGGAGGCCGCAGCUAAGAGAAAAGAGAGGGAAAUGGAAGAGAACUAGUAGGCGAGGCUGAGCAUUCCCAGGGAGAGGCUUCCUUGUGAGGAAAGGGUAGGAGAGGCCAGUCAUUCUUGCCCUACUGUAUCCGUGGCCUGCACAGAGGGGAUUGUGCUGAGGCCGCUCUGCACAUCUGGGCACCUUCCCAGAGAGGGACCUUCCAGGCAGACAUAGCUAUUCCUCCCUGCCCUCAUUCGCCUGUUCAGACCUCUGGGUACCCAGGUGACACCACAUGACUUAAAAUUUAAAAAGAAAAGGAAAGGAAAGCACUAUUAUAAGACCAGAGCCUGGAAGGCUUAUCACUUGGUCUCAGUAUUCUCUUUUCCGGAAACAGAGACCACGAUCUUCAAGGCGCUGAUUCCCUCCUCCCGAAGGGCAGGUGGGCAACGUGCGUCUCUUCUCCAGAUGACGUUCUCAAUCAGGGGGAUAGGGUACUGUGUUUGAGGUCACACAGCACGAGCAGAACAGGGCCAGAAGGUGGACCGGGAGAACCGGUGAUGCCUCUGACCACAGUCCCAGGAGCCUCCCUGUUUCAGCCAAAGGAAAUAGGGUUCUUGGAUAUCAGUAUAUCCAGAUGCAUAAUGGAUAUUCUCUUUCUAACCUCAGAGAAUAGGCUAAGAGGAGGCGGGUUUUCUGACAGAGCUUAAGUUUUCAUUUGCCUGUUUCUUUUCUCUUUUUUUGUUUUUGACCGCACCUGAGGCGUGUGGAAGUUCCCAGGCCAGGGAUCGAACCUGAGCCACAGCAGCAACCCAAGCCACAGCAGGAAAAAGCCAAUCCUUAACCCACUGUGCCACUUUAUUUGCCUAUUUCUAUUCCUUUCACUGCCGGUGGCUCUGCUGUCCAGCUGGAACGAGGGGCUGUCUGUCAGGAUGCUCCUGGGGAUCCAGGAACAGUUUUGAUUGGAGAAAGGGACAGACUAGCUACUCUUCCUAUAGGGAGAUGGGGCCAACUCCACUCCCCCAGCUCUCCCUGGCAGCAUCACAAACCCAGGGGCCCCUGUUAGAACACCCAUAAUAAAGCUCAGUCCUGGAGCUCCCGCUGUGCUGCAAUAGGCUUGGCGUCUCUGCCAGCACGCAGGUUUGAUCCCCUGCCCGGCACAGUGGGUUAAAGGAUCCUGCGUUGCUGCAGCUGCAAUGACGGUCGCACUGCAGCUCAGAUCUGAUCUGGGAGCUCAACAUGCUGGGGGUUGGCCAGAAAAGAAAACGAAAUAAAGCUCAAUCCUGAACAGAA